UCUCCCACCCUUUCGCCUCCGGCUGCUCGGUAUUUGAUUGAGUGCAUCGGCGGCCUUUUUUGUCAACUAGCCUGCCUUGAGGCCUCUAUUCUCACCUAUGGCCAGGCAUUUUGUCCUUUCAUCACUGACUCCGGCGUCGGUGCAUCUCACUCUGCUCAUCCGAGACUGACGUGGCCUGAUCUGAGAUACCUGAAGGGCGUGACUGCGCCAACCCAACGGUUGCUGUCAUCCGAGGUCGCAUGCUCCACAUCGGGAUUUUUGCCGACAUCAAAGACGGUUCCCCAAAAGUCGGGCACCAAAUCUGAUACUGAUGAUUGCCAAUUCACUGAGUACUGCCCCAUCGCUUCUGUUGCCUGGAAAAGGCCGAUCCAAGGCGUCCGCGAAAUGUGUGACGUCUGCGAGACGACCAUGUUUAACACACACUGGGUUUGCGCCAAGUGCGGCUACUCAGUUUGCAUAGUCUGCUAUGCGGCCAAAAUGGGGCAUCCUCUUCCACCAACCCUGACGCUCUUGACUCGAACAGGGUGCAACUACUGCGUGAUGGGCCCUACGAACUCGCUUCCACUGGGCUCUCGGCCUCAGCGAGACGUUGGCGGGUCGUGUGGAGCCGAGAGGGUAUCAUUAAUUAACCAGCUGCCACCCGAACUGACCCCCGAGUUGAAGACAUUGGUUGAUGACGGCGAUGAGGACGAACUGGAUGCAGACCGGUCUAGAGAAUUGCAUGAAUUGAGCGGCAAGUCAUGUUCCAAAGUUCAUCGAGCUGGUUUUUUAAUUACAUUCAGUGGCCUCAAAUCCCCCAUUUCUAGCCCGCACUCACCUUUCACUUCACCUGCUCCACUCGCCUGCUUCGAGUUUGAAUCGGUUCCCACUAAAACGGCCGGUCCGCAGUCCUGCUCCUCGAGUUACGGCACAUCUGCUAUAUUUGAUGGCGUAAUCACCACCACUUCCUCCUUCAAUUCCAGAUCCAUCAUUACCUCCUCCACUGCCUUACAUAAUACCAGGAUUCCUUGUAACAAUAUAACAUCCUGCCUAGCUUCUCGGGCCUCAAAUUCAGUUUCUUCCGUUUCAACCACUAAUACCACCAAAUCCACAGCCCACCUAACUUGGUCUGUAUGUACGGCCAACCGACAGGCACACAAUCCUGGCAAACUGAUUCUGACAAGUCUUCUGCCCCACGGCGCCAUUGGUUCCCUUUGGCGUAGGCUCCAUCGUCUAACUCAGCAGCAAGGCAUCACGCUGCCUGGAUGCGUCUGCAAUUGUACUUCUAUUAGUUCGGCCUCAGAUCAAGAUGUGCCCUUGUUAACCACUUCGACAUCGACUAAACAAGAGACAAUAUUGCAGAACAGGUCAGAUUUUUCGUCCUCCAUCAGCCCUACCAACUCGUCGACCCAUACUGGCACCAUAAAUCUCUCAGCUGACCUCAUCAUUACUUCCAGGGACAGAAACCUAGACCAACCACUACGCACCUAUAGCUUCACGCAAAAGGAGAUCGAGUUGGCCCGGGUCUUACAUUUGGCAACACCGGCACUAAACGGUCUACCAAGCCAGGUCUCCCUCAUCAGUGACAGCGACAGUUCGGAUGUCACCUCUUGUUCAUGGAUCCAAGUACGAAGCUGUCUAUCCAGACAGGGCCAUCGGAUAUUGCGCCUGAAGCAGGCUAUUCAUCCUGGAAACCUGCUAGCGUUUCAGGUAGUCGAAGACCUGACUUCUUUCUCAACGAGUUGA